AUGCUUUCAUCAACACCAUUAAUCCCAAAAUAUAAUCAAUCAUUGAUCGAGUUACUAGAAAUUAUAGAAAAAGCGCGAGACUUAGAUGGGAAAUCUAGCAAUCCAUUAAGCUAUCGUCACGCAAUAGCGGCGUUAAAGGCAUAUCCGCGAGAAAUAAAAAGUGAAACCGAAGCAAGGCAAAUAAAAGGCACGAUCGAAGAAGCAGAAAAUUUGCUUAAUAGUGAAAGGUUCCUAGUAUUAAGCACUUUUUCACAAGUGUAUGGAGUUGGCUAUAAACCGCUCAAAUAUGGUAUAGCAAGGGUUAUAGGACCAUUGAUGAUGCCCGUGAAAAUCCUUAUCUCACUGAAGCUCAACGAAUCGGAUUGGAACUCUUUGAACAGUUUCAAAAAAAGUCCUGUAGAUCCAAAGUGCACACUUACCCCCGUUGGCGGUUAUCGACGUGGAAAAGAGUUCAAUGGAGAUGUUGAUGUGAUAGUAACUCAUCCUGUAGAAGAAGCAGCCACACAAUUGUUGCCACGAAUUAUUGACAAGUUGUCUCAAAAAGGAUAUCUGAAAUAUAAGAUGUGGCAUGGUCACACAGUUCCUAGGCAUAAGAUGUAUGGUCGUACGGUUCCAAAGCAUAAUAUCUUGGAUAAAUGUAUUUGUGCAUUUUAUCAUCCGAGUGCAAAACUUCAUCGGCAAGUGGAUAUUAUAAUUGCACCGCAUAGUCUUUAUCCCACUGCAGUGGUAGGAUGGACAGGAUCACGACAAUUUGAGCGAUCUUUCAAACUCUAUGCCUCAAG